CUGGUCUAUCUCUCAACGGUCAUAAGGAGGCCUCAUAUAAAGACAUGUCUCCAACGAAAAAAGGGCCAGCCGAGGAACCGAAAGCUCAAGGCAGUUCAAGGCGGCUACCUCCCCCACUUCCGAAUUCUCCUCGGCCCAUCAAAUCUAGCCUGCCGGCCGAUGCAACGACUGGUAUGGGCAGCAACAAUCCGUUCCGUAACCGUAGCAUCGAUCUGGACACGACACCUGGUGCCCGUUCAAAUUCGGAAGCUGCUCUAGGACAUUCGACAGGGCCACGAGAAGCCAUGUCCCCCGGAUCCGAGGUCACUCCUGCGAUGGGAAGCUUGACCAUGUCUUAUGCAGGAGCGACAAGCAGUCGAGGCGGACCUGUUCCUCAGAACGCAGCAACGAGUAGCUCCGCGAAGCUACCCUCCCCUUCUAAGCCAAGUUCGGUGGCUCUCGGCAACUUGGUUCAUUCCCCACCUCGCAAUUCUCCUCCAUCCGUCUUUCACGGCGGCAAGCUCGUCAUCAAUCGGUCUGCCGAUCACGGUCGCUCGGGUUCCAUCUCUUCUUUGCAACCUUCUUAUGCGGAAGGAGCGUCUGGAAGGAAGCCUUUCCAUUCUCCGGCUUCCUCGACUCGAGCGACUCUUCCUGCCGAACCCGUGGUUCAGGAGAGAGGACUCGGCUUGAACGAGUCGACCGGUGCACCUCUGCCACCGCCAUAUAUCCCUAGUCCUACUGGGGCUGUUAUCGUAGCUGAACCGGAUUUGGAGAGGAUGGACGUGGAUCAUGUCGAGAUACUUGACCCGGAUUCCGCAUUAGAUCAGAUCUCGUUGGAUGACGAGCGGAUGGAGAAUACCGCUCGCUUCGUCAACAGACGUAAACUGCAGGGAGGCUAUAUGACCGAGGGCAGUACCUCAUCAGACGAGGACGAACCGGAACUGAACAAGGGAACGGUUAUGUUCUCGAAUUUUGAUUGGGAUCGAGCACGCAAGAAGUACAAUACGAAACGAGCGAAUGAAGCUUGCAACGAUCCAGAGAUCGGCAAGGCUCCGGAUUGGCGUAUGCCGGUGGACCAGCCGAGAUACACCGACAGCCCGAACGACGAACGAUGGGACCAUGCGAUCGGCGAAGGUAUCUCUGCCUACACGCUGGUACAACGAGGACCCCGCAAACAUGCCGGCCACAUGAUCAAAGCUGUUUUGGUCAAGGAGGACGCCGAUGGUGGAGACCCCCGUCUGAAGCGUCUAGUCUCGGAUCUCUACUCGUGCUUCUCGAACGGGGAAACCUAUGCGUGGUGGUAUUGUUACGACUGUUGCGUCUGGUUUCGUCUCGGAGUGGACUACCUCGAGGACAACGGACUUGAAAUGGCUGACAGGCACAACGCUGCCGUAUCCCGAUCCUCGCCUCCUGCUCCGCAGUCACUCGUCGGUCCUGAUGUCGAUUUGGCAAGGCGGUUGCAAGAAAAGGCAGGCAGGCUGUGUAGCAAGCACGAUCAGCAACAUCACUUUCACUACCUCCAAGACAUUCUUCACCUCAACAUACCUCCUGAUGCGCUCCUCAAGCCUCGGUCUGGUAGCGACAAGAUACGGGCUGAGAUUACAGCCGAAUGGGAGAAUAUCGACCCAAGGCCGACAUGCUCAAUGUACAGGUGUUGCCAAUGCGACGUGGCAGUAUACUUUGACACAGAGUCUGCCAUGCCGGCCUGUUUCUCCGAGCGGUUUCUGACGCAACUUAAGGAAAGACCACCUCGACCCGGAAGCACGAUUCAUGACGAGUACAUCCGGGUCUUGAGUGUUCUUUUUAGGGUCAUUACGAGUGCCAUUGUCGACCAGGAAGAAGAGAUCGAGGACGAUCCGAUUCAAGCUGACGAGGCAGGGUCAGGGAACAAGGGGGCAUUGAGCCAAGAUGACCUUCGCAUCAUCGGUCAGGACGAUAUUGGCACGGAACUACUGCUACGAGCGGGCUUCCGCUCGAAAAAGCCAGACGGGGAACGGAUGUGGUUUCAUUCCCUUGAUUGGGAAGAUCGGCAAUGGUCGCUACGGGCAUGGACGGAAUUGAAGCUGUUGAUAGAAGGGCAUUCGUCAAUAGCUCGCAAGAAUCCACCACCUGCAAAUGUAGCAUCUUCUCGAUUCCUGUAUAUCGCCGGACCUGAAAGCAUCUUGCAUGCCAUCAAUCGAGCUGCUGCCAAAGCCAUGACCUUGGAGCCCUCCGCCCUGUACAGGUUACCUAGAUGGACCGACCCUGAUCCUCUGACCGAACGCCGCCCCCAUCCCGACGUCAUCGAGGCUGUGGUCACACGUCUGGGAGCUCGAUGGAACGAUACCAUACAGCAAAUUUACGAUGCAUAUCUGGCACAGGUGAACUGUCAUCCAGGUGGUGCGCUGGGUUAUACUGAUGUACUGAAAAUACUGGAAGAGAGCAACAUGUUGGAAUGGGACGAGAAGAAUGUGCUUCGAUUGAACUUCUCGCGCAACCCGCCGUAUUCAGGCAUGCCAUCCGAGACGAUCCCGAAAAGACUGCGUCAUCUCGAUGACAUUGUUAUUUCGGCAUGUCCUGGAAAUCCCAGGAUCGAUUACAGAUCUUGCCGUCAGGACCUGCUCCUGCAUCUUGAGACGGCUGUACAACAAGAAAAGGCUUGGAUCGAUGGCUUGAGCAAUGGCUUUGACAAAAAGGAUGCUCAAGAGAAUCUGUGCCGUGCAAUGACCCGAAUAGCACAGACGCUGCGCAAUCCAGAGCUCAUCCACUUGGCAGAAAAGCUCAGAGAUGAAUUCUUCGGCCUGUCGGACGUUCUCAAGAAGUACAAUGUAGACGAUCCGGAUCAAGUGGAUUCCGACAUGUGGCCAAGCUUGUACACGAUAGCAUUGUCCGAGGCAAACAACGAAGACAGCCGGAAUGAUAUUAUCAAGGAUUUCAAGCUCAUUGCUACUCGUCUGAAUAUGGAGACCCUUCAACGGGAACUGGGCAUGCAUGUAGACGAAGCGGCGACACAAAUCCCCGCAAAGCCUGUACCAGCGGGUCUUUAUAAUAUCGGAAAUACCUGCUAUCUGAACUCGUUGCUCCAGUACUUGAAUACCGUUGAAGAGUUCCGAAACGCGAUCAUCGCUUUGAGUCGGUUGGAACUAGAUAUUCCCGCAAAGGAUGCCCUACCUCGAGUAGGCGGAAGACUAUUAUCGCAAGGAGAGCUCGUUCGCGCGAAAGACUUUGUUCGUCAUCUUGCGGAUCUGUUUCUUACUCUGGGUACCGCUGUGCAUUCCGCCGUAGCGCCGGAAAAGCGGCUCGCCUAUCUCGCACUGGUGACUGCCACGGACGAGACACAAUCGACCGAGGGACAAUGCAUCCCUCAAAGUGCCGCCCAAGACAGUACGAUGACAGACUUGCCUACAGUAGAAGAACCCCUGAGGAUGGAGACAUCGGUCUCUGCCGGUGCUGUCACAGAGAGUGUUCUGGGGAAGCGGACCAAUGACGAGCGGGAGUCAGAAGAUCGGGUCGAUAAAGAAGGUGAUCGCCACACUCCAUCAACCGAACAGAGCGAGCCUCGCACUAUCAAGGCAAUCCCAAUCGGCCGAUCAGGUUCCAGGAGUCUUUCCGCUGAACCUAUCGAGCUUGGUCAGGGGCCUGCAAUUACUUCACCAGUCAGGCCACUCUCCGAUCUCGUCGAAGAGGCUCACCCGCCUGAUUCGACUCCGAUGGACGUCGAUGAAAGCGCUCUUGACACCGCUUCUAAUGUGGAUCAGGCACUUGCACCUCUUCUAAUCGGCCCAACAUUGCGAGCCCCUCCGUUACCACCUCGACCCCAUCGCGCUUCUAUCAACAACGACAUGAUGUUUGGUCGUCAGCAUGAUAUAUCGGAAUGCCUGGACAACGUCCUCUUUCAAGCCGAAGCGGUCGCCAUUCUCGCCGUCAAGGACGAGGCUGGCGUUGUUGCUAAUAACGUAAUCAAGCGAUUGUUCUUUGGAGUGUCCCGUCAACGUCUCCUCAUAGAUCAGGACACGCAGACGGGAAGCGCCGUAAAAGAAAUAUCUGCGCAGGAUGUCGCUUUCAAUAGCGUAUAUGUCAGCGUACGCGAUGAAGCUAGUAGUGACCUAUAUGAGAAGUUGCAAGAGGUCUACUUCGCGUCGGACAAGGUCGAUCUCGAAGGGAAGACUGCGCAGAAGGUGCUUGAGAUGACCACAAUCCCUCCAGUACUGCAGAUCCAGCUCGAGCGCGCUCAAUUCGAUCGCGAGACUUUGAAGCCAUACAAAAGCAAUGCAUACGUCAAGUUCGAGGAAACGCUGUAUAUGGAUCGCUUCUUGCCCUCGGCCGACUCUUCCAAACGCGACUUGACCCAAAAGUUGACACGGGAACUUACCAACGCUAGAGCCAAACUGGCGACUCUGAUCGGCACAAAGCAACAACCCAUUGCUGAAACAAUGCGGAUCCUGAUAGAGGCCUUGCAAGCUGUUGCAGGUGGUGAUGAGGCUAUACUGGGACUGCAAGCUAACCUGAAGGUGGAGAGCGAGCGGAUCGAGGCAGAUAUCGCAGUAACCAGGAAGCGGAUCGAAGAGCUACUGGUUAUGAUAGAGGAACAAUGGCUCGACGAUCGCGAAUGUGCUUACGAACUGUCCGCAGUGUUCAUACAUCGGGGUCAAGCCGGCUUUGGUCAUUAUUGGUUAUAUCAGCGAGAUUUACCCGAUCAGCCGGACGAAUAUCUGAAAUUCAAUGACGAGAUGGUGACAAGGGUUGACAAAGCAGAGGCGCUCGGAGACACGACUGGGAGCAACGCGAACCCGUAUCUGCUGGUGUACGUCAAGAAGGACGAACACAUGGUCCGCACCCACAUGCGACGCGCUCGGGAGACCAUUCAGGAACAGUCCGAACCGGAUCAGGAUCAAGCCGGACCUGGGCAAGCCGAAGUGAAGAUGUCUGUCGAUCCCGUGGUUGGCGACAAUGCAUCGCACCAGCCUUUGACGGCGGCUCCUCGCGAUGACGGCCACGAAAUCAUCGAUGUGGACGCGGCAGAAGCCUCUCACGUAUGACGAACACGAGGGCAUAUGUUCCAACGACAAUAGAAUGAUCCCGCGAUCGACGACCAUUACGACAUAUAGCUGACCACGAACCGGACGAGAAAGAAUAC